AGUUACCAAAGAAUAAAAUUUUUUUAAAGUCCCUGGCAGAGACGACACUCAAUUGAGUCAUCAAAACGAAUGAAGGCGCUCACUUAUUGUGAAAAAACGCCUCAAAGGUCACCGCCUUCCCUGUCUUGUGCAACAGCGACGCUUGCUUCGUGAAUCAAUGGUUUUCCUAGGGCUGUGAAACUGCCUUUCGCCAGAUCGUCUUUCUCAGCAACAUGGUCGACUCGUCAUUGCUCGCUUUCUUCAGUGCCCUUAAUCCACACGUUUAGUGUCUUCUUCUCCGUCUGCCGCUCUUACGUGCCAGCGAAACUUGGACGGUGCGGUCGCCUGCCGUCGCCCGCUCGCAGACAAGGCACUGUAUGCGCGAGCACGUUGCCUUUUGUUGAGUAGCCAUCUGAAAAUCGAGACAGCUUCUCUCCCUCACUCCGUUUUCAGAGGCUGUCUAUUUUCGUCGGCUGUUCUGCCGUCAAAACAACCGGCUCUUUCAUCGACCGCGCACCGUGCUGCUUGAUUCCUCAACCGCGGCUCUUUCGUUGUCUCACCUCCGAUUCCCGCCGGACCUGAGUACCAGAUGCUGGCAUGAAUUACUUGCAGACUAAACUUGAGAACGAGAGGGUUUUUUUCUCUGCUACAGGCGCACUCAAUGCACCUCGUAGUUGAGCAUUUCGCUCCGCACCUCUACGGCAUCUGGAGUUCCCAGUUUCUCGGUCACCCAACCCUAUUUUCGUCUCAUUCGCUUAGUUGCCCGCCCGAAGCGUGACCAUCGGGUGAAUGUCAAAGUCUUUCGUCGUGCUCGAGGUCACCAGGUUUUCCCGAUUUGUCAAGUUUUUAGGACUAUCGUUGUGCCUUUUCGUAGAGAGUUGCUUACUGCACCACAUACUCGUCUCUCGCGCAAGCUAAUAAUCUUUUCCUUAAAGUUCAGAAGCCGCGUAGCUCGGUACCUAUGAACUUGCGCGAGCAGAGACGUGGAGCUACGGCUCUGUGGAGAAGUCGACCGUACCAGAGAGAAUCUGAGGAACGAAACCGCGCACUGUUCACCAAAUUGUGUCUUGGGAAGACUCUUCUCGACUCCCACGAGAAGCUUGAUUCGAGUGUUCAACAGUAGAGGAAGAACCUGCCGUCGAUAACUUUUUUAAGGGGUUCACGAAUUCUGUUUUCCACCGCGUGUCACAUUUUGCGCGAGUCUCCUAAAUACACAUCUAUCAGGUUUGCAUCUGUCCACCAUCCCUCGUUCGUUCCUCUGUCGAUGGGGAUCUCUUUUGUUUAGAUCGCUUUCGUUCCACGCCAGGGAUUUUUUCACCAGCUGUUCGUCUGCCGGCAGAGCGUGUCCUCCGCCCUCGCCGACGCGAAAAAUUCAACACCACUGAGAGAGCGAUGAAUCAAGGAGGAAAAGGGUUUAGUUUCGGGAAACCCCGAGAGUCCCUGAUCUUGCCCCGCAAACAUGACAGCAGCGAGCCUGAGCCGCCGAUACGGUGGAUGGCCAUUGACUUUGUUUGCACGCCGACCGCUGAGAACUUGGACAUCGAUGUCCACGCGUUCGUCUUCACCCACGAUGGCGAGUACGUCGACUGUGUGUUCUACAAGAACCCGGUUCUGGCCGGUAAGGGCAUUCGACUGCAAGGCACCACGCUGUACUUGGAUCUUAAAAUGCUGCCCGCGCGCGCAGGCUUCGUGGUCGUGACUCUGGCUGUCUAUUCCGGAGGCGCGUUGUUGGAUUUGAAGGAGUGCUCGACGGAAGUUCGGGCCUACAUUCCGAAGGAUCCUCUCGCAGCGAGUAAGACCGUUGCAGCAGGGAAACUCCCGUCUCCAGAGGACCACUGGGAGGCGCUGUUGGCCACGAUGACCAUCACCUCUUCAGUCAUUGGAGUUUUUCCGGAUGCCAAGGGUUUCCUGGACUGCCUGCUCGCUGAAGAGGACGGCAACUGGUUCCUCAAAGCUCUCAUGCGGCCUGUCGCGGCAUUCACACCCCAGGUUUUGAUCGAGCCUGCACAGAGAGCUGUUCUCAGGUAUCGCUCUACCGUUGAAAACGGAGAAGAUACUUCCGCUCUUCCGCUAGGAGAGCUGUUGAACUCUGUCAAGCAAGGCAAGGCGCCUCCGGAUCUGCUCCCUGCCAAGAGCGACGACGACCUUUCUCUGCAGAUGGGCGACUUCGAUCGCUUGAAUGGAGGUACUGACUCAGAGACAGGAACGAGAGACAGACGGACAGAUGACACCGGGUCAUCUGACCAUGGUAAAAGUCAGUGGGGUGGACGCGGUGGAGAGCGCGAUUUUAAGCGUUACAGCGGCGGGAAAUCCGAAGAGGUGCCCGACAAUGAAGACAUCGACAGUCUCGAAGAGCAUCGCAGACACGUCGAACUGCCCCACCGGGGCCUGAUGGAUAUCCUCGAGGAAUUCAUGGAGCCGUCUGAAAUGGAGGCAGCCUCAACAGAGGGCGAUGACGCCAGGAAAUUUGAAUCGCCAAGUUACUUCAGGGAAGUCAAACGCACUGAAGAAGCUUCCUGGACCCGUGGCGAGAAGGUCGCAGGCGGAGCGGGAGGCACUCGCCUUCGCGAGGUGACCAGGAGUGACGACGAAAAACGUGAGGGAACUGAGAGAAUGGGGAGAGAAGAUUCACAGUGGAAGAAAGGCGUCGAAGAGAGAUUGAUGCGACUGGAGAAAGGCCUUACAGACGUGACUCGCGCGCUGCAACAAGUAGCAGACGGAACGAAGGAAAUGAAUGUCAAGAUGCAAAAGUGGUUCGCGGUCACAGCCUCGCAGCUCGAUAAGCUACAGGGCGGCGCAGGCCUCCCAGGGGGCGUACCGGAUCCGAGUGGAGCCGCUUCUCUCCAGAAUCUUCUGCAGACGGUCGAGCUUGAUGCCAGCACCCGGGGAGGGCCUCAGGAUUCAGUGGCGCAUCAACUCCGGAUGAUCGACCAGCGCUUGACUCUUGGCGAGAGGAACCAGCAGCAUAUUUCACAGACCCUCUCCGAGCUGAAAGUGCAGUUGGCAGGAGUUGAACGACGCCUGGGCAAUACAGCACUCGGUGGCGGUGGAGACAAGCCAGCCGUCCCUCAGCUGGUUGUUGACGAAGUCGUGGUAGUCGAUGAUGGAAGGCAGCGGACGACACUCGAGGACGAAGCCAGUGAAGAGGACGAAGGAAUGUCGACGUCUCAGCGGAAAGGUGUGUCUCGUCGGUGGCACCGCUGCUUCUGUCGUGCAUGCUGCUUUUCUGACAAGGCUGGAGGGGAGGCGAGGUCUUCCAGGACGCCCUGCGGUUGUUCGAGAGAGAGGGGAGAGUCCGGAGAUCCUCCCCGCACUGCUGGUGGGCGGGAUUUCAACGACCUGGUCUCACGGACCGAAACUGUGUUGAAGAAUGUCGAGAAAAUCGACCACUACGGCGAAGAGCUGGGCGAUCUCCUGCGAUGUCUCGCCAGUUGCACAGCUCCUGAUGGGCUCAAGGGCCUGGACCCUGUUGAGCGGAAGCUGUUUGCGUUCGCUGGAACGCCGAAAACUUUUGAGGCACUCCACACCUUUGAAACCGCUCUCGACCGCUUGAGAGUGAAAGGCAUAGAUUUGCUAGAUUCCCCUCGCAUGCAAUCGUGAGGUGCCGUCUCUUAGGCGUCGUUCCUUGUGCACGUUCUUGUGUCUGGAGGCAACUGAGCAGUGUGAGUUCGCGCGAUGACAACUCUCAGGCAUCACUUCCAUACAACUGGCAAUCCUGAAAGACUGUAAAAGUGUGUCUGAUUAACUACCAGGAUACUCGAGACUGCCAUAGCUUGAAUCCAUUCCAGCUGUGCGAAGCUAGAGACGCCCGACAGACAUAGAGCCCAUUUCUAGACCUCUCAAUCAGAUGAAUGCCUACGCAAGUAGUUGCCCUUUCGUUGGCACAACCCCUUCUCUUGAGAGGGGUUCGCAGGAGUUUUCGCCCUGCUCAUGCAUCCAUCUGUAGAGGGAGGAUCCUACAUGUCGGACGUACCAGCGAAGCAGUCUUCCAGAGUAGACUUUGUUUUGCUGAAUAUUCUCUAGGAUGCCGUGCACUAAUUAUAAUGUGUAGCUUUUUGCAAAUCCGGAAGACGGAGGUGUUUUUAAGCGCCAGUGCCGAAGGGAUUGUCAUUUUUUAUCACACACUGUUGUUGCAUUCUGGGAGCAGAGCUUCGCAUGCUAGCGUUGGCACGUCGAGUCAGCAUUCGGACCUAAAUCUGGGUGGAGAGAGUCCUCCCGAAUGUGAUUGCACAAGCUGUGAACAACGCUGUUUUUAACUUCACCUGUGAACUCACAGAGGUGCAAAGCGUGU